CGAUACAAACAUUAGUCCAUCGAUACCUCGCCAGUGCCAUCGAUGUUCCUCCACCUCUACUGCUUAACCAGAAAUCUAAUAAGAAAAAGUGAAAAAUAACAAAACAAAUGCGAUAAAUAUUGUUGAAAAAACGCAUCGAUAAAUUGGCGCAGUUGUGUGGCGCGUUAACAACAAUUGAAGACGUGUGCGAGCUAAACGCAAAGUGCCAAUAAUAAAGAACUAAAAAAAAUAGCAAGAAGACGACGAAGAUGAACGAAGAAGAAGAAACGACAGCAGCAGCAGCAGUCGUCGAAUCGUGAUGAUAAGUUUGUGCGAGUGCGGUGCAACGAAAACGAAAAUAACAUACAUAAUACGUGUGUGUACAUAAUAAUACUCAUACGUGUGUGUACGUACGUAUGUGUGUACAUAUGAAAAACGUGUGUAUGUGUAUUGCAUGCGUGCGUGUGUGUGCGUCGUAGUGUAGUUGUGUAGGUGUGGAGUUGUCUGUGUGUGUGUUGCGCGGUGUUGUUGUUCUUGUUCUUGUCGCGCUGCUGCCUGAAAAACACAAAAAAAAACCAAAUCGGAGCAGUAGCUGAAUUUACAUACAUAGAGUACGUUGCCAUACAUACAUACAACAAGGAAAUGCAAUACAAAAACGGUCACACAACGGGCACAACGCUGCGCCGCCAGUCCCAACAAGAAGAAGCAGAACCCAACUGCGUGUUGUAAUCCCAAGAAUUCCAAUUGGGAAAAAGCAACAAACAAACUACACAAAUACCAAUACAGUUUUUAAAGUGUCCGUCGCUGUUGCUGCCUCUGCCUCUGUCACAGUCGACGUCGGUGUGAAAAGAGGUCAAAGGCGCAACAAAAGUUUUUCAUUUCGUUGGUAACGAAAACACACAAAAAAAAAAAAAUACAACAAAAAAACGUAAAAAUUAAGUGCCAAGCAGCUGAGCGCAAAAUAAAAAAAAACGUCGUAGUUGUGCGUUAAAACAAUAAGCGCGAACAACCGUGUGUGCCAGUGUAUGUGUGUGUGUGUGUGUUUGCCUGCUUCUAAGUGAGUGUAAGUGAGCAAACAACAACAACCAGCAAGUAGAAGAAGAGCAGCAGCGCCACACACAGCACAAAAAUCUUUGCGCGCGGCCAUUAACAAAUUCCCAGCUGAACAACAACAACAGGAACAACAACAAUAUUUCAGAAACGAGCAGCUGCGCUCAAAACUGAAAUUAGAAAUCAAUUUUUCGUAUUAAACAAUCAAAAAAGAACACACAUUUCUAGCAGCAGAACGCAAUAUAAAAAUCUGGUUUUAUCAGUCGCUCCACCACCAACAACAACAAGCAACCAAAUAAUAAUAAAAAGCAAAAACAAAAAAAAACGGCUGACAAGUUUUUAGCGCGUACGGUAAAGAAGAAGACGACGCAGUAGGCAAAAAAAAGAAGAAAAGAAAAAAGCUACAUACGCUCGCGCUGUGCUGUGUUGUGUGUUAGUCUUAGUGAGAGCUUAGAACAAACAAACAAACCAACAACAACAACAACUGAACUACUACAAAAGCUUGACAGCAGCUGGGCGCUAAAAAAGCGCCAAAAAUAUAUUCAGCCAUAACAGAGCCAUCAUAAUAGUCGUAUAUAAUAUAUAAAUAUAUAUAUACAUUUAUAUACCUAUUUUAAUUAAGCAACACAAAAAACCAAAACGCCAAAGCGAAAUAUUUUAGCACACAAAACAACAACAGCCACAAUCGGCAAAUUCAGGAGUUUGGAGAGAGAGCCAUCUAAAGAGAGGGAGAGACAGUAAGAGAGAGCAACGAUUGUGGGAGAGCACGCGAAAGCACGCAAAGCGGAGGAGUGAGAGAGUGAGACAGCAAGUGAUUUUGUUGUCAUAGCGCGCGCUUGACAAACUGACCACAGGCGCAGCAAAGACAGCUAGUUAUAGCAACAGGAACAACAAACAAUCACAGCAACAAUGGCCAAUCCACGCAAAUUCAGCGAGAAGAUUGCACUGCAGAAGCAGAAGCAGGCGGAAGGAACCGCUGAGUUCGAGCGGAUUAUGAAGGAGGUGUAUGCCACCAAAAUGGACGAGACACAGGCGAAUCAAAAGCUGCUCGAGUGCUGUUUAAGUGGCCCCGAGAGUGGCCCAAAUGCAAAUGCCUCGCCAGGGAAUGCGGGCAAUGGCAGCGGCGGUGGCAGCGGGAAUGGAAGUGGUGCCAGUGGCGGUGCCUCACCGGAUGGCAUAGGCGGUGGCGGUGGAGGAGGCGGAGGCGGCGGUUCACCCACAGCGUAUCGAGAGUCGCGAGGGCGUAGUGUGGGAGUUGGGCCCAUGAGACGACCCUCGGAACGGAAACAGGAUCGUUCACCCUACGGCAGCAGUGCGGGUGGACCGGGUGGCUUAAUCAAUGCCAUGGGUCUGCCCAACAGCGUCAGCGGUGGCAACAGCAGCAACAACAACAACAAUGGCACACAACAGAACCUCUAUCUGAGUCCGCCAAUGGACACGAGCUGGCGACGCUCGAACUCUGAUUCGGCGCUGCACCAAAGCUUAAACAUGGCCGUGGCUGCCGAGGGCUGUUUUGCACCGGACAUGAAUUCGUUGCACGCCAAUUACCCGCAGCAGCAGCAACAGCAACAACAGCAGCAACAACAACAUCACCAACGAUCUCAUUCGCCGCAUCAAAUUGGACGCAGUUUCAGUCCGCAGGCACAAAGGAGAAAGCCACCGUUGUUACCGCAUCAGGUGCAGUUGCAACAGUUGCAGCAGCAUCAGCACAACAUGCAGCAGCAGCUGCAGCUGCAUCAGCAACAACAGCCGCAAGCACAACAACAGCAACAGCAGCAACAACAGCAGCAGCAACUGCAUCAGCAGCAACAGCAGCAGCAACAACAACAGCAGCAGCAACAUCAGCAGUUGCAACAGCAGCAACAAGCAACGCCAUACAACGCCAAAUUCCCCAAUUCGCUGUUCAGAUCGCUGCAGGAUCAGGCCAGCUAUGCCAAUACCGGCUCCCUGCCUAAUCUCACCGCGCUGCAACAUUACACCACACCUCAACAGCAGCAGCAACAGUCACAGCAGCAGCAGCAACAACAGUCACAGCAGCAUCAACUGCAACAUCAGACGCUAUCGCCGGUCAUGUCACCGCACAAUCAGCGACGCGAUCGCGAUCAAUCGCCUAGUCCCUUCAGUCCUGGUGGUCCGCCUUCGCCCUACCAUCAGCAACAACACUCGCCCACAUCCGCCGUCGCCAACAACAGCAACAACAGCAGCAACAGUCAAACAACAGCACAACAACAGCAGCAGCAACAACAACCAACGAGCAGUUCACCGCAUCUGUCGUUUAGUCCGCUACCCACGUUGGGCGCCAGCGCGAAUAACACAAACAACACCUCAAACACUGUGGCCGGCAACCUGACCGACUAUCGCCAGCCCGCCCAUCCGUCUAGUCCACGCUCCUCGCCCGGCCUGCUGAGCAGCGUUUCGGGCAGCGAGCUGCACACAUCGGCGCCCGCAAGUCCGAUUCGCGUGCAACAGCAUCAGCAACUCCCCGGUGGCUAUGAUACCACCUUCAAUAGUCUGAAUCCCUCGUUUCACAAUCACUUUGAGAACUUCUCGCUGGGCGAUAGCAAUUCAUCGCCGGAGCAACAAAGUUUCGCCAACAAUUUUGUGGGUCUCGGUUUUGAUGAUUUCACCGGAGCGACGUCCGCAACGGGGAAUGGCACAAAUGGACCGUUUCAGGACCAGAAUAAACUCUUGGACUACAAUGAGCUAAGCGGCAGUCCCGAAGCCAGCAGCAACAACAACAACCUGAGGCGCAUCAACAACCAACAGCAACAACAGCAGCAACAGUUGCUGAAUAAUAACAGCAAUGGAGCGGGCGGUACGGGAGCAACGCAUAAUGGCGGAGCGAGUCUCAAUGGUCCGCGUGGCGAGCACCACAAUAACAAUAGUAGCAACGGUGGUGGUGGUGGUGGCAAUGUGGUUGAGCCGCUGGUCGCCUCGCCAAUUCCCUCGCCUUUGGGUUGUCCCAGUUCGCCGCUUCCCAUACCGAUGUCUGCGCAAGCCUCGCCACAGCAGCAACACCAUCACCAGCAGCAUCAGCAACAGUUGUCGCUGUCAUUGCACCACUCGCCGCACCACUCACCGAUGCAUUCGCCGCAUCACACGAAUUCGCCGCAUCAUACGAAUUCGCCGCUCUCGAGCAGCUCGCCUGUGAGUAAUGCCUGCAACUCGAACAUGGUCAUGAAUCAUCUGCAACAGCAACCACAGCAGCAGCAGCAGCAACAUCACCACCAACAUCAACAGCAGCAGCAUCAUCAUAUGCACCAUCAGGGACAAUCGCAAAGCCAUACGCCAACGACAGCGAAUAUACCCUCCAUUAUCUUUAGCGAUUACUCGUCGAAUGCGGACUUUAAUCGCGAGAUUUUCGAAACGCUCGACUUGGAUUUGGGUCCCAUGGAUGUGGCUGGGUUGCAAAUGCUCUCGGAUCAGAAUCCCAUACUGAUUGCCGAUCCAACGAUUGAGGAUACGUUCCGUCGCGACCUCAACUGAUACUAUGAGGAGGCUGUUGCGGCUAUCGAGAGCGGCGUGCUGCUCGAGGACACCUACGAGACGCUGUUGGGCGCUGCCGGCGCUGCUAUGCCACUGCCCAUCCCCACCAGUCCCAUCUCGGAUGUCCAAACAGCAGCAUCAGCGGCGGCGGCGGCAGCAGCAGCAGCAGCGGCUAGCGAACGGGAUAAAAAGGAUCUAGAGGUGGUGGAGCUGUUAGUGCCGGGUGUGAUUGAUGAUCUGGUCGACUCCAGCGAUUUGGAUGAGGAAGUGCGCAAGUUUUUCUGCUAAGUCAAAGCCAAGUUAUCGCCUCCUAGAGAUGUAAGCCUCCCUUCUUAUAACUCCUUGUCCUCGUCCUCGUCCUGAUCCAUGUCCUUGUCCCGGUAGUUGUGCUUUGUGUAGCUCGUAAUACUUUUAGCCAUUAAGUGUACUUGAGAGUCCUCCCCUCCGUUCCCCAUUUUGUCCCUGACUCCCAUCCCCACCCAUAAAUCGGAAUGCGAUCCUUAGACGCGAUCGAAUCCGAUCCGAAGCACAAGCGUUAAACAUACGAAAGAUAUAUUUUACAGCGAGUCUCAGAUUUUACUUAACUACGCACAUAAGUCACGAAAAUACCUAUUACAAACUACAACUACUUACUCUAAAAAAUAAAACAAAAAAACGUAACGCUACUUUCUGUAUAUAACCAUAUAUACAUUGCACAUGUAUAUGUAUUUAUUUAUAUUAUGGAAAAGGAUUAAAACCAAAAAGUGUCUUAGACCUACGACCAAAUUAUUGUACACGUUCUAUAAAAACAAGAAUAAUAAAAGAGAGAAAACUAUUGAAGAGAAAUUCCUGUAAAAUAAAGCAACAAUUUGCCGACUAUUUAUAACAGAUAAAUACUGCUAUGAUCGCUACUAUCGGAGUCCCCAUAGCUAACAGGUAUAAACCGUACGCAUGUUUGUAUAUAGAAAUACCCUUACGUGCCGUCGAAGCAAUUACUAGUAUUUAAGACCCGCAGAUUCGUUACCGAUCCUUACUGUGCUGUAAACAUUAUCUAUUUAAACAAAAAUUCAAAGUGUUCCUUGCACACUUAUCGAAUAACACAAAAUAAAAAUGAUAAUUUUUCGAGGUGUCCUUGAUUCAUUCGCCAUGCCCUGUCUUUAAAAUGCAGUAUCACAAAAUAAAUAAUUACCAUAUAUACAUAUAGCUAAAUAUAUAGUUUAUAAAACACCUGACAUAUUUGGCCAGAGAGACAGAAAGGAAGAAACUGUUGCAGAUCUAUUUACUGUAACUUAAAAAUUAAAUUUAAAAAAAUACAAACGCGACAAACAUCACGAAAUUGCAACCACAAAUAAAUCAAAAGAAAAAAAACGAACUACUCAACAUUUUUUACAAACCUUAAAGCUAAAUAUAAAAUACUUAGUUAGGAGGCAUAAAUAAAAUAAAUUAAACACACACAAAACCGCAAAUGAAAUCUUAAAUAACAUAAUUACCACACUCCGUAACUCUUACACAUGAAAUUCUUCGUACCAAAAUUAAAUCACAAUUGUUUUUUAUUUUCAAUUCAAUUCCAAAUUCAAGCGAAAACACAAAAAAAAUGAAUAUGAAAUUAUGUAAAGAGUAUAUAUAAUAUAUAUAAAUUUAUUAAGCGAAUACGAGUAAUACAAAUUUUUAAGAAACGACAAAAAAGAAGAGCGAGUAACAGGCUUUAAAAGUGCAAAACAUUUUAUUAAUUGAGUACCAGAACUUAUACAUAAUAUUAAUAAUAAUAAUAUUGUUAAUUAUAGUAACAAGAUUUUUGCAUAAAAUAUACAUACAUUUUCCUUUUUUUAAUGUCAAUGUAAAACUCUAGUUAUAAACUACAUAAGUAAACUUUAAAUCCUUUACAAAACUAUGCAAAAAGAAAAUCAAAAAAAAAGAUGCGAAAAAUUAAUAUUUAAAUCAACAAAAAAAUAUAUUUGUGAACGACGUUUAAAGAGAGGGAGAGAGAGAACUGGCUCUGGCUAGAAACAGCAACAACAAUAAAAAAAAAUUAAUAAAAAUACUAACAGCUAAAUUUUUGUUAUUUUAAUUGCUGUGUGUUGUUGCUGUUUUUUGGACUCUGCAAAAGUUCAAAAUAAACCGAAAAAUGUGUAUGUAUUAGAUUAUACAUGAUACUAUUACAAUACAAACUAAGUAAUUGUGUAUGUAAUAUAUAAUUACAUUUCUAAAUUAUGGAAACAAAAAAAACAAAAAGAGAAGAAAUCCAAGCAACAGGAAUAAGAGUAUAUUCAAUGUAAUAACACAGUUAUUUGUUUCAAAUAAAUCUUACAUUUAAUUUUAAAUCAAAA